AUGGAGUGGAAUGAAGAACGGGAAAUUGUCAAAGGAUGCGCUGCCACAAUUCUCUACCGAAAGCGGAGGAAUGCCCGGCUGCUUCCAACACCGGCUCCCCUCAACGAUCUUAUGAAAGAGAAUCAAUUAAGCCGUUUAAAAGGAAUGAUAGCGCAAUUGCUUCCCUACGCAGAUCUUCGCUGUGGACGUGGUAGCUUGUCUUCUGCAAGUUCUUCCUCUGACUUCGAAGAAUUCAUCUACAAUCCACUACGUAGUGCGACUCCUCGUUAUCGCCUGAAAAGGUUAGAUAUC